AUGAAAGCCGCUCCUCUCAUCAUCAAUUGGCAUGACCAAAAUGCCCCUGUCUACUCAGCUCACUUCGAGCCCUCCGGAAAGGGUCGUUUAGCUACAGCUGGUGGUGAUAAUCAUAUCAGAAUAUGGAAGGUUCAAGUUGACGGCGAGGACCGAAAGGUCGAAUACCUUUCAACUCUUUCCAAGCACAACCAAGCUGUCAACGUUGUUCGUUGGGCACCCAAGGGCGAGCUUCUAGCCUCCGCUGGCGACGACGGCAACGUGAUUCUCUGGGUACCAAGCGAAACACCACAGACAGCUUUUGGGUCUGAUGCUCCGGAAGACAAGGAGUCAUGGCGGGCGAAGCAUAUGUGUCGUUCUAGUGGUGCAGAGAUUUAUGACUUGGCCUGGUCUCCUGACGGCAUUCACUUCAUAAUUGGUAGCAUGGAUAACAUUGCGCGAAUCUACAAUGCUCAGUCAGGUACAUUAGUGCGCCAGAUCGCCGAGCACAGUCAUUACGUCCAGGGUGUUACCUGGGAUCCUCUUAACGAAUACAUCGCGACCCAGUCAUCCGAUCGAUCCGUUCACAUCUACUCUCUUAAGACCAAGGAUGGCCAAUAUACUCUCAACGCAGAGGACAAGACUCCUAGACUUGCCAGCCAUAUCAAAGCCGAUCUUCCUCCUCGACGUAUCUCUUCCAGCAGCCCAGCCCCUCCCGACUUUGGCCAUCGCUCUUCGCUCUCCGUCCUCGAUCCUCCACCCUCCAUUGGAUCACCUGUACCUUCUGCGCCAGGUACACCCACCUCGUUCGCGCUCCCCAUGAACCCUCCGAGUGUUGUCAGCCACAGCCGUCGAUCUUCGUUCUCCUCUCGACGAUCAGUAUCACCGGCACCCUCUAUGCCUUUGCCUGCUGUCAUGCCCAUGGAUCCUUCUCCAAAGCCAUCAUCAGCCAUGAGCAGUGGCUUGGGAAUGAAGAAUGCCAACCUCUACGCCAACGAGACCCUGACGUCCUUCUUCCGACGUCUUACUUUUACCCCAGAUGGUAGCUUGCUGCUGACUCCUUCUGGACAAUAUCAGAACCAACACCUGAGCGAGAGAGACGCGAAGCCCACUUACGAGGUGAUCAACACUGUCUAUAUCUACACUCGUGGUGGUAUCAACAAGGCCCCAAUUGCCCAUCUGCCCGGCCACAAGAAGCCGUCCGUCGUAGUCAAGUGCUCUCCCAUUUACUACACUCUACGACAGUCUCCUCCAGUGACAAGGAAUAUUACCAUUGACACAUCUUCCUCUGAAGAGCCCAUACCGUCUCUUCCUGAGCCUCUGUCGAAGCCAUCACCAGCUCUUUCAGUCAUGGAUCCACCUCCACCACCAUCGAGCACGUCUGAAUCCAAAACAUCGAGCUCGGAUGCAGCAUCAUCUACCCCAGGCCCGAAGCCUGCAUUCUCACUCCCUUAUCGCAUGGUCUAUGCAGUAGCCACGCAAGAUUCGGUUCUACUUUAUGAUACCCAGCAAAAGACUCCCAUUUGCGUUGUUAGCAACCUGCACUGCGCGACCUUUACUGAUUUGGCAUGGUCCAGCGAUGGUCUGACUCUGAUGAUCUCCUCGUCUGAUGGGUUCUGUUCUACCUUGUCAUUUGCAGCUGGGGAACUGGGUGAAGUCUACAAGGGCGAAGUUGGUCCUCCCAAGACUCAGACAGCUGUGUCGUCCAACCAGAGUACUCCUAUGCCCACGCCGACAAACGCGUUUGCACCACCUUCACCGUUCCCCAAUGGUUCACAUCACCAGCAUCGCAACUCGGCAAGCUCUUUUACGGCGCCGUCUCCUCCUCAGUCGGCUUCAGUUGCUUCACAACGCCCAUCAUCACCUACGAGAUCAAAUUCCACCUCGUCAGUCGCCACUGUCACUACACAAGCCAGUACCGUCCCUGCUGCUGGAGUAGUUACCAACCCCACUCUUAUUUCUGGCAACGUUCCAGGUAUUGCUGCAGCAAACUCGGGUAAGGUGACGGGUGUUCCAUUGACCACGCCUCCUGAGACACCCCGAAGUGCGACUGCCAGUGUUGCAGGCAACAAGCGCGAUGCGAGCGACUGUGAAAAGGAGGAGAGCAAAGAGCCCAAGAAGAGGCGAAUCGCACCGACUCUUGUGGAACCCAAGAAUUAA